GCUGAAAUCCACUCAAAUCCCCGAGAAAGUUAGAGAACCAAUCGUUCCCCCUUACCCAGCGCCCCCACCCUCUCGAUCUAUAGCACUUCAAUUGUGCGCUGCUGCUAUCCAAGGUCCUGAAAACGCCCGCAGCCGCUUAUACUGAGUUAGCCACGCCAAGCACAGUCUUCGGGCAAAUUGCCACUGCUUGCAUGUAUGUACUUUAUUUGUUGCAAUCUGCAUCCAGGGAUUUAUUUAUUCAUUAUUUGUUUGGCCCUCUUCCAUUCACUGCAACAUUACAUUGUUGAAAUAAGGCUUUCUGAAGAUUAUGGCUGUUUCUGAAUGUUCAGUGUUUGGAUACGGGCGUCCAAAUAAGAUUUUUCCAUUUCCUCUUUGAAGUCGAGUUGCCGCAGAAUACCUGCUGAUGUUGGAGUCGCAUCCUCGUCUGUAGCUGGAGAGCACUCGGUCGUUUUAUCAAAUCAAUUCGAAUGAACAGUCAAGAUCUUUAGCAUGGCUCUUUCAUAAGAGAAUAUCUCCGAGCAAUUUCUGGAGGGUAUGGAUACUGUAAAGGAACGGGUUUUUGCUCCGGCCAAAGAGGGGAUCAAAAAUUUUGCUGGGAAGUCCCUUAGCCACUUGUACAGAGUCCUAGAAAAGAGGCAGCAACCCGCCGAAAAUAUCGAGCUGACAGAAGAUGGAAGGGUACAGAAUGUCCGGCCCAAGAAACCGCCGCUCUGCGAUUGUACCUGCUUUGGGCUACCACGCAGGUAUAUCAUCGCCAUCAUGAGUGGCCUGGGCUUUUGUAUCUCCUUCGGAAUCAGGUGUAAUCUUGGUGUAGCUAUCGUGGACAUGGUCAACAAUAGCACCAUUCAUCACGGGAAUACAAUUAUUAAGAAGAAAGCGACGUUUAACUGGGACCCCGAGACAGUAGGAAUGAUCCACGGUUCUUUUUUCUGGGGAUAUAUCCUCACGCAGAUUCCUGGAGGUUACAUAGCGUCUAGAUUGGCGGCGAACAGAGUAUUUGGUGCUGCCAUCUUUCUCACCUCGACUCUCAAUAUGCUCAUCCCAUCUGCAGCUAAAGUGCACUAUGGUUUUGUGAUAUUCGUCAGGAUCCUGCAGGGACUGGUAGAGGGAGUCACAUACCCAGCCUGCCAUGGCAUUUGGAGUAAAUGGGCUCCACCUUUGGAGAGAAGCAGACUGGCAACCACUUCAUUUUGUGGUUCAUAUGCUGGAGCAGUCGUUGCCAUGCCUCUAGCUGGGAUUCUAGUACAAUACACUGGAUGGCCCUCUGUGUUCUACGUGUAUGGAUCUCUUGGAAUAGUGUGGUAUAUGUUCUGGAUUCUGGUAUCCUAUGAAAGCCCUGCAGCGCAUCCAACUAUCACAGAUGAGGAACGCACUUACAUUGAAGAAAGCAUUGGAGAAAGUGCCAAACUUAUUGGAGGAAUAGAUAAAUACAAAACACCAUGGAAAAAGUUCUUUACCUCUAUGCCCGUCUAUGCAAUAAUUGUGGCGAAUUUCUGUAGAAGCUGGACUUUCUAUUUGCUGCUGAUUAGCCAACCUGCCUACUUUGAAGAAGUGUUUGGGUUUGAAAUCAGCAAGGUGGGCAUUCUAUCAGCUUUGCCCCACCUUGUCAUGACCAUUGUGGUACCCAUUGGUGGACAGAUUGCUGAUCACCUCAGAAGCAAGAGGAUACUUUCAACAACAAAUGUCAGGAAGAUCAUGAACUGUGGAGGCUUUGGCAUGGAGGCAACAUUUCUUCUUGUGGUAGGCUAUUCACAUACCAAAGGGGUUGCAAUUUCAUUCCUUGUCAUGGCUGUUGGUUUCAGCGGUUUUGCAAUAUCAGGAUUCAAUGUUAACCAUUUGGAUAUAGCGCCAAGAUAUGCCAGUAUUCUCAUGGGAAUUUCCAAUGGUGUGGGAACACUAUCUGGAAUGGUCUGUCCAGUUAUUGUGGGAGCAAUGACAAAGAACAAGACACAGAGAGAGUGGCAGUAUGUCUUUCUAAUUGCGGCCUUGGUGCACUACGCAGGAGUCAUUUUUUAUGGCCUUUUCGCAUCUGGUGAGAAACAGCCUUGGGCAGACCCUGAACAAACAAGCGAUGAAAAAUGUGGUUUUAUACAUGAAGAUGAACUGGCGGAAGAAACUGGGGACAUUACUCAGAAUUAUGGCACGACAAAGUCUUACGGGGCCACCACUUAUAGCAACGGUGGUUGGCCAAAUGGCUGGGAAAAAAAAGAAGAGUUUGUACAAGAGGAAGUUAAAGAUUCCUACUACUAUAAAGAACAUGAAGAAGGAGACUAUUCAUAACAGGGAAAAAAUUUAAAAAAAAUGUCUAUUCAAUAUUUUGUAGUGUUUGUGUCCAAGAUUCAUUGUGAUUGUUUGCACAGAAUUGUGUGGUGUGAAUGUCCACACAUAAGAAUGGCAUUGUUAACAGUGUACAACUUAACAAAGCGGCAUUUGAGUCCAAUCUGUACAAAAUGGUGGUGUGCAUCAUCUCAAUUCAGGCUUUACCAUUUUAGAAUGACUUGGUUUUUUUUUGGCGGGUGGGGGAUUAGGGGGAUUUCGAUUUCUGAUGGCUAACCCAUGAACUGCCAAGAGAUGUAACAGGAAUUAGAAUGUUUAAGUGCUGAGUCAAUCAGCAAGCGAUGCUUUGGGUGGCUUACUGGGUCCUUAAUCAAAUAAAGGGUAAAUUCCAACACAGGUGCUCAUCAGGAGGUUUAGGUUGUGAAUCAUUUUGUUAAAUUUCAGAUAUUGAAGUUAAUUUUAAAAUAUUCCAGUGGAUCUGAGCCAAAGUUUAAUGCACAUUAAAUAGAUGUUCAGAUAUUUGGAGCACGAAAAUCUCUCAUACAGGUCUUGGAAAUUAAAACCCAAUGCCCUGUGUACUUCCUAGAAUAUGCAUUUUUCUUAAAUGAAUAAUUUUAUUGAUAAAAUCCCAUUGAAUCAAUGCAAUAGAGUCUUCAUACAUUUGAUAGCCAAAAUGCAUGUAUCAUUAUGUCCAUCUUGGCUGUGUAGUAAGAUUGCCUUCAAUUUUCCAAUAAGCCAACCAAACAGUUUGUAUUUUACAAGUCUCGCCAUUAUUAUGAAAAGAAGUAUGCAAGAAAGAUUUGCAAUAGAACACACAUAAUAAUAAUUUAAUGUGAAUUAUUGAUAUUCUAGAUAAGUAAAUAGCUUUUAUAAUUAAAAAUAAACUUAUUUAAGAGUUAUCUGUAUUUGAAUACUGUUAGCACUCCAAAGAAAGAGAUUAUUUAUGAACUACAAAGCAGUCAAUGCUUUGCAAAUUUUUAACUUAUCUUAAAAAUCUUGGACAAAAAUUUAUCUUCACCCCAGAUGUAGGAUUUGCAUUAAAUAUUUGACUGACAAACCAGGAAAAGGAAGUUGGAGUGGCAAUCCUCAUCAAUAACCAAAGGUGGCAUGCCUCAUCAGGUUUAGGUGUUGCAUCACUCAACAUCCUUUUCGGCUAAGACCAUUUCCCCUCCAUACUAUUGGAUUCACCAAGGACUGCAGCAUUUGUGUAAAAAGCAAUAAAUACACAUAAUAACCUGCAUUGUCUUGUAUUCUUAAAUGUGCUCCACUAAUGUAGUUUGAUAUAGCUUUUGGUUGUAGGCAAGAAUUAUGCUGGAUUCAGCUUGAGACAUGCCGCACCCUAAAUUGAAAUCACUUUCCUCAGAUGAUCACAGUUCUGUUGAUUAUUGGUACAGUUCCCAAGUUGUGUCAACCAUUUGCUGCUAUACUGUGCAUUUCAGAUGGUGUAGGGGAAGGGGUUGUUUAUAUUUGCUGGCUAUACUGUACUAGUGGAUGGAGGCUGUUUUGGUGUCUGUUGUCCAGUAUACAAGUCGAGAAUGUCUUCUAUUACUAAAGGGGGAAACCUACUUGAACUGAAGGUGUUGCCCUUACUUUGUGCCUCAAAGUGCUGUGAAAUGUGAUCAUGCCGUUGCUGUGUACUUUGGAACGAUGUGGACUGUGUCACUUUUGUUGCUGCAAGAAGUGUUAAUAAAAAGUUCUAUCUAUACUUUUAUACAAAAGCCACGUUCUUCAAGCAAGAAGCUUAAAGAUGUUCAUUUUUACUUACAACAUGUCAUCAACAAUAGCAAAACAAUAGCAGACAGUAUUGGCCAUUUUAAGAGUUGUAAGCUUGUUACAAGAGUUUUGGGCAUAAUUAGGAUGUUUGUAUCAUUAGACCCUAUCGAAAAUGAAAU